AUGUCACCCUCGACCAUCACAAAGACUGAUUUGUGGCUGCGAUCUCUGCAAGAAGAGGAACAUCGAUAACAAAUGCUGUGGGUCAACUGCGACCUUUCGUCGCGCCAGCGAUUCCAGUUUCGAAGAAGCAUAGUAAUCGUGACAUUCCGCAUAUUUGAACUGUGCGUAAUUGUAAUAAUAUUUGCACGCGGUUGCCAGCGGAAGGUUAAAAUUAGACAUUCCCUAACACCGAAACACAUGUGUACUUGUGAUAUAUUGGCUGACGUAAUCUUAUCGAUGGUAAAGGCGUGGAUCGAACCAGGAGCAUCUGUCAGUUGCCUGCAGAACACGCCCGCUUCAGCUUUGCGGAAUACGCAUAUAUCCCGUUACUUUUACUUACAAAAGAGCUUUUUGGCAUUUUGCCUGAUUGCAUCAGCCAUGGCUCACCCAACUGUAUCAUCCAAUCCGCAAUUUCAAAUUGUCUCCCAGGGUGCCAAUCUGUUCUCUACCAACUUUGUUAAGGCUAUAGCAAAGGACCAGCAGCAACAGGAAAACCUGAUAUGUUCUCCUUUGAGUCUUACCGUCGCUCUGAGCAUGGCUGCUGUCGGUUCCGCCGGAAACACCGAGGCGCAAUUUAAGGAGGUUCUUAAGCUCCCGGCUUCGAAGACAGAGUCCUUGGCUGGCUAUCAAACCCUUAUCGACACUUUGAACAAUGUCGAGAAUGUUACCUUGAAGCUCGCCAACAAGAUGUUUAUCGCUGAAAACUUUGCGGUGAAACCUGAGUACAAACAGAACCUCCAGACGUACUACCAUUCUGACAUCGACUCGGUGAACUUUGGUGAACCCCAAAAAGCUGCGGAUACCAUCAACGCUUGGUGCAAGGAAAAAACCAACGAUCGCAUCGACGGCGUUGUUACUCCCAAUGAUGUGGGUCCAUCGACUGCAUUAGUACUCGCGAACGCGGUGUAUUUCAAAGGCAAUUGGGCUACCCAGUUCGAUCCAUUACUUACCAGCGAUCGUCCGUUCCACGUUGACGCCAGCACUGUGAAGAAUGUUCCUACCAUGUUCAGAAAAGGCAACUACAAAUUCGCCGAGCUGCCGCAGUACGAGGCUAAAUGCAUCGAGCUGCCGUAUGCGAAUAAGGAUAUCAGCAUGGUGAUCAUCCUGCCUGACAAGGUCGAUGGGUUGCCAGCAUUGACCGAAAGACUCGACGAAGUUACCAACGAGUGCAACAAUCUGCUCAGUCGCGCUUACGAACGUGAAAUUGAAGUGUUUCUACCCAAAUUCAAAACUGAGGUCAAGAUGCAGCUUGGAGAUCUGUUGACCCAAAAGAUGGGCCUUACUGAGCCAUUUAGCGAUGGUGCUAACUUUAGUGGGAUCUCGGACGUACCUUUGAAGAUCAGCAAAGUCAUACAGAAAGCUUUCAUUGAAGUCAACGAGGAGGGUAGUGAAGCUGCUGCCGUCACUGGUGGAGGCUUCUAUAUAUUAGAUGGAGAGACGUUAAGAAAGCCCAAACCUAUAUUCUGCAUCGACCGUCCAUUCGCGUAUAGCAUUAUUAAACGUGUAUCAAACGAGAAGAUUCAUACAUUUAAAGACUUUAUUCGACAUGUUUUCUCUACAAUACGUACAAUACGUGUAUCAAAAGAGAAGAUUUAUACAUUGAAGGAAUUCAUUCAUGUUUUCUCUGGAAUAUGCAUGCAGCCGAAGCAUGUUUGAGCGGGAACUAAAAUCAAGGAAAGUCGAAUCGUUCAUCUUGCCAUAUUAAAGCAUGCAUCGAACAUAGUAAUGUAUACGGUGACGAAUAACUAAUGUACGAUAUAUUGUGUUACUUAUUGCGAAUGUACAAUGUAGGAGAUUUCAAUAUAAUUUCAUGCGAGUCCCUCGCUCCUUACGGAGUUUCAUCUUAAUUCUUCUUAAUAAGAAGAAAAAAAUUAAUUUAACUUUAGAAGUAAUCAUCCUCGCCGGGCUAGCUAUCACGAAUUCAUUUCAUGUGAUACAAUUGAUGGAUGCAGCGGUAUUGCAUGCAAAGCGACAAGAUGAUGUGACAUGUUAAUAGGAGCCGGGAGCUAAGUCGAUUAAAAGAAGGUAUCACAGAUACAAACGAUUUGUUUCCAAGAUAUCGAAUAAUCGAAUUCGUUUAAUCGAAUUUUGGGAUACUAAACGGUUCAAGAUAGACCGUCCAUUUUUUUAUUAUUAAGUCAACCCAUGACAGUAAGACCGGAAAGCAUCGUAAAUCUGUUCUCUGGACACAUCGACUGUGUGACAAGUGUGAGCUUAUGAUGAGUUCACGUAUGGGCUUUAAAUGUAUAUCGUACAAUUGAAAGAUAUAAGUAUUAUACAAACAAAAGUGCAAAAAGAAGAAAAAGAAAAAUAUAUGUACGAACAUAAUGAGAUAACUCUGAUACGUUACUGUUACAUUUGUAGCGCUAUAUGUGGAAUAUACAUUCACAGAUCCUAUAAAACUUAUAAAAUCACUUAAAUGCAAUAUGUGUCUAUAUGAUGAUGCAAUAUGUGUCUAUAAUAAUUAAUGGCAGCAAUGAGCAUUUAAAACAUAAUGUAGAAUAUGGAAUCGUGGAAUCGUUCUCUAAUAAGAGAAAUAUCUCAUUUCAAAGCAAAUUAAGUGUAAAGAGUGUGAUCAUGAUUUGCAAUAAAAAAGUAUGAUUCCGUUAA